CGUCCCCCCGUGCCCGCCCCGCUCGCAGCGCGCAGGCCUCGCGGCCGGCCCGGCCCGGCCCCGCCCGCAGUCGGGGCAGCGCGGCGGGCGGCGCCAUGUGGGUGUUCGGCUACGGCUCCCUCAUCUGGAAGGUGGACUUCCCCUUCGAGGAGAAGAUGGUGGGGCGCAUCUGCGGCUACAGCCGCCGCUUCUGGCAGGGCAGCACCGACCACCGCGGCGUGCCGGGCAAGCCUGGAAGAGUUGUGACUCUGGUUGAAGACCCUGAGGGGUGUGUAUGGGGUGUUGCUUACAGAUUGCCAGCUGGACAAGAAUGUGAAGUCAAGGCAUACCUAGACUUCAGAGAGAAAGGAGGCUACAGGACUACAACUGUCGUUUUCUAUCCAAAAGACUCAUCAAUAAAACCAUUUGAUGUAUUACUGUACAUUGGAACUCGCGAUAACCCUAACUACCUUGGUCCCGCGCCUCUAGAAGAAAUUGCUGAACAGAUUAUUAACGCGGUUGGUCCCAGCGGAAGAAACACAGAAUACCUGUUUGAACUCGCUAACUCUAUGAGAAACCUCGUACCAGAAGACGUGGAUGAACAUCUCUUCUCCUUGGAAAAACUAGUAAAGGAACUAUUGGAAAAACAUCAAAGCAUAAAUUGCCUAUAGAGUAACUUAUUUCUUUUAAUGAUCUUGCUUCAUCUUCAGAGGAAUGGUUUCGUUGCACAAUGGCUAUAUGACUUGGAGGCAUGUUUCUCUGUACUACGCUAUCUUAUUUAUUUUAAUAUUGCGUUCAAAAGAGUAGCUAGUCAUUAAAACAUACGGUUUUAAAAAUCAUUCUUUUGGGAGUCUGUAGAAAGGGGAGCAGGGGAAGUGCUUUAGGUUUGAAUUUGGUAUAUUGUUUUCUUUUUAUCCAAGGAUUACAUCUUUCUUUACAGAAAUCUCAAGAGAACCGCUUAAGCCUCUCUAUUAUUUCAGGUUAAAAAAAAAAAAUCUUUUAAGUAUUUUUAGGUGAAAAUCUGCAUUCAGAUACAACUCCCAUUGAUUCAAGUGAUUCAUUGAUUUUUCAGAUUCAAGACCGGCAUGGAGCUCAGUGCAGCUAAACAGAUGAAUGUUAAGUAGGUAUUGUAAACUGCAUAGUAAAUGCAUAGUAGGAAACUUGUAUCAGCAUACAAGUUAAUCGAAAUUAAGUUGUUCCAUUGCAUUAGUGAUCUUACCCUGCAUGUUUGUCCUUAAGACAUAGAGGAUAAACUGUCAGUGUCACGAAAAUAGUCCUUUCCCUUGGCUCAUUGUGUCAAGCCCCUGAAAACCAAAGUGCCGGGGUACUCCGACACAAACAAGCCGCACCAUAUUAGUGCUUCAUUUUAUUUUUCAAGAUUAAAGAAUAAAAGUAAAGUGUUAAAAUUAACUAAGAGUAUGACUUGAAGCAGCAAGAACGUUUAGAAACUCUCAGCUUUGUUAUUCGCCUUUCAGAUGCUGUUGUAACCCAAUUUUGUAGAAACUCACCAGUCUGUGAAGAUAGAUUUUAAGCCAGUGAUGUUCAACCAGUGUUUCAGGGAUUCACAGACAAAAGGUCAUUAAGAAAGGAACCCUCUUUUCAGUCAACUGACGUGUUUUAUGGACUUCUAGCCAAAAAAAGUUGGAAAGCCACCAGUUUAGGCUAAUAGCCGUACUUUAUGCAAAACGUAGGCAAACGGAGUUUCCGUCCGAACAAGGACUUGUCUAGCUUCUCAAAUUUUUAAGUUAUUUUUGUUAACUUUCAAUAAAGUGUAUUUUUUUAAUGUUAAUAUAGGAAAGGUUCUGUUUCAAAUACCAUGUAGCAUCUUAGUUUCUCAUGCAGGGAAUGUACGUAUGUUCAGUAGGCGUUUGGAAGCCUAUAUUUUGCAUCAGUGCUUGCAAAACCAGUAUGUUUCUACUAUACCGGUUGUCCAUUUUCCUUCUUUGCAUUUUCCUGUUUUAUAUUUGUAAUUCCUUGAAAAUACUAGGGUUAUCAGCAUAACAAGCUGCUGUUAUUUUUCUUGGCCACCUACAAAAGCCAAAAAGAACAUUAAUAAACGUUAGUGGGAAACAUUUGAAAAAGGCCCCCAGAUGAGUAGAUUGUAGGAUAUUAAAUUCAAACCUAAAUUCCAGAUAAUAAGAUUACUUAAAAUAUUUAGCCAAGAAAGCUGUUUUUUUUUAAAUACCAGAUUACAACUUUAGCAUGCUUCUGGCAUCACUCAAGCAUACAUUCAUUGAGGAAAGAAUAAAACAGUUUCCUAGUUUUUAGAAGCGACUAUUUAGUGGUUGAAUGCCACUCUUAAAA